GUUGCGAUCUGUUCAGCAGUAAGCUACUCGCACCAGUCUUUGCACCCAAACCAAACCUACUACCCAAACGUUCAAUCAUGAAGACGUUUAUUGUGCUUUCGAUCGUGGUUGCGCUGGUGGCAGCAGUCCCCGUUCCAGACUCGAGCGAGAAAACCAUCGAGAAGCGUGGCCUGAGCGAGCUGGAGAGCCGAUCAGAUCAUCAUCACGUGAAGCACGUCACCAUCACGAAGAAAGUGCCCGUCCCGUACCCGGUCGAGGUGGAGAAGCACGUGCCGGUGCCGGUAAAGAUCCCGUACCCGGUGCACGUCGAGAAGAAGGUCCCGGUCAUCAUCGAGAAGAAGGUGCCGGUGUACGUGGAGAAGAAGGUGCCGGUGCACGUUGAUCGUCCGGUGCCGGUGGAGGUGAAGGUCCCGUACGAGGUGCCGGUUGUGCACAAGGAGUACGUGGAGGUGCCCAAGCCGUACCCGGUCCAUGUGGAGAAGCCGUACCCGGUGUACGUGAAGAAGCCAGUCUACAUCGAGAAGCCAGUCCCGGUCAGUGUGCACAUUAAGAAGGUGAAGAAGCACCAUCACUAAGCAGUUAGCAGGAAGGAGAAGGAUCGAUCGUGGUGGCACCGUUUUUAAGGUGUGAUAUAAGUGAUCGGUGUUUGGCGGGUCGUUGAUGUGAGGGCGAAGAGGAAUAAACAGUGGUGUCUGUGUGCAGCACCAAACAGUCAGUCAUGGCGAUGAAUGUC